CGAUCAACCACCACACAGCAACGUAUAAUAGCGGCCCUGAUGGCCUUCCCUUCGCCAUCUCCCCUCAUCGGUGUAUGCAGCUCCCUCGGCGGAUGACCUGUUUGCCUCCCCAGACGGCAGCAUCACUGGAGGCAUUGGCUACUCUUUAGCAUACGAUCCUGGAAGCCGACUGAGAAGAAGGCAAUGCUUGGAAGGACUUGACGGCUAGUCUACGGAGGAGUGCUGAAGAGCAAAGCCUGGUUUAACGCCAUACCCAGCAGGCCUGUAGCAGAGCUUCUUGACAUGAUGGCAAACAGAGUGACAGCAACUCGAAGGGAAGGCAUGCCAUGGCAGUGGACAUGGGCAGUGGUCAUUGCAGAGAUGUGGUUGUUAUCGACAUACAUAAUGCAGGCGGAUGCACAAGGUGGUUCCACACCCUGUGCAGUGCCGCCGUCUGGGGCCAAUGUUAGCAGCCAGCUUGGUGCUCCUUACAUCAUCCAGCAGCAGACAGAUGUUGAACAUGCAAAGAACUUCACUGUUCAGUAUGGAUCCAAUUACAAGAUCGUGCGGAAUUAUGGUGCGAAUGAGACGUAUGUGCUUCAGCAGUGUGGAUCUCAAGCGCAAGAUGACAUGGCGGCAGCUCUGAAUUGGGAUGCAGCAAGCUUCGCAGUGAAGGAAUUCACUGUCCCUUUGGGAGGGAUUGCUGUUGAUGGAACGACCUCAGUCAACUUUUUGGAGCUUCUGGGUCUUGUUGGGCACAUCAAGCUCCUUGGGGAUGUAGUUUCUCCAUGCGUCCAUAAACAAUUGCAAAGCGGCCAGGCAUCACAGUUGAACUCAACAGAUGGCGGUGCAUUUUUAAAGCAGAUGGAGCCGUUGUCAGCACUUCUGAGCACUGGGGCACUGUUGUUCGAGAAUUUCUCAUCUGUUGCGAGCUUGAAUAAGUCAAUUUCGUUUACAGAUAACACCGCUGAGUACAGCCCCCUCAAGAGGGCGGAGUGGAUCAAGUACAUCUCUCUGUUCUUCAACUUGGAGCAGCUGGCAACAGGAGUUUUCAAACAGAUUGAAGAAAACUAUAACUGCUUGGCAAAAACACCGGCACCAGCCACCAGACCAGUUGUUGCAUGGGCCAGUGUAUGGUUUGACAUGAUAACUGGAGCGCCUACGAAAUAUCACUUCUCGGCAUCUACCUAUCUUCAAGAGUUUGUCAAGGAUGCAGGAGGGAGCAGCUUGGUUGAUACGGCAAAAUCCUUCAAUGCAUCGGUUGCAUCAGAAGUCGCUGCUUUUCAUGACAUGCUGAAGACGGUUCAAAUCCUCAUCGACGACACAUAUAACUCUGGGACGAGUUACAGCUUCAGCAACUUCACUAAUCUGUAUAAACUCCCUGAAAACGUUUCGUUCCCUUUCAUGAGUACUGGAGAUGUCUGGCGGAGCGACAAGCGCAUUAAUGGUUACAAUUACUUUACAGAUUGGUUUGAGAUGGCGGUCGCACAGCCCCAGGUGGUUCUCGGCGAUCUGAUCAGCAUCAUUAACCCUGCAAAGGCAACAGGGCAGCGCACGUUCUUCAGGAACCUGGCAAAGGGGGAAGCAGAGGCCAUCUUGACGCCAGAAACGUGUGGGCCGCCCAACAGUCCUGUCAGCCCGAUGAUCUUGCCAUGCAGCACGGAGAAGGGGGCAUCUACUAGCAAGGGUGAAGUAUUGAGGACAUGGUCGUUGGCUACGGCAUUUUUGUCCACUUUCGCAACUGCAGUGGUUAUUGCCCUCUAGCCUUCAAGUCAGUCAUGUGUGACGCUCACCCCCUUUCUGUUUCUCGGCGGCAUUUCCAAUCCAAGCAAGGGGGUGACAACUCGGCAGAAUCAGAUCCCAUCUCAAUCACCACCUCUUUGUGCAUGCAUUUUUUGUACCUUUCCGUUUUCUCUCCUUCUUCUUCUUCUUCUUCUUCUUCUUCUUAUUAUUCUUCUUAUUCUUAUUCUUAUUCUUCUUCUUAUUAUUAUUAUUAUUAUUUAUUUUCUUAUUAAGUUAUCAGUGUUGAUUCCGUUGAAUGUCUUUUUGUUCCUCUUCUACCAUCCGCAUGGGGUAAGUCAUUUAUGUUGUUGUAAUUACGGACCUUAAUCAUUAUGUCAAUACGAGGUGCCGUUCAGGUGAAAGCGCCUCAGACAUAUCCUCCGCUUUGGUUUCCGGACAGGGCCUGAGGAAAGUGAAGAUUGUAAGAAUAUGGUGUCUCCACGUGCCGUAAUAUUAUUUAACUUUUAAGUUAAUUGAGCUUAGAAUAUAUAUAGUUGAGAACUUGAGAAUAAAAAUGAUUAUUGGAGUUUACCUGUCAUUUGCAGUGAUCGAUCAUGUAUACUGAAUCAGAUUAAGGAAUAAGGGACGUGUUGAUGUAUGCAUACAAUAGGCCUAAGGGAUCUGAAUCCUAGGAAUAUAGGCGCAUUUUUCUUUUCGAUAACCACAGAGUUGAGAUUGUUUUAGAUAAUUACCCUGACCGGGGUCUGGAUGGUACCCACCUAGAGCCAUUCGUUGAGGGGGGUCGCAGUUCAGAUCCACUCGCCAAUGGGUAUGAUAACAACCAGCUUAAACCACCAAUACUAGGCCCAUGCCGCCCAGCUAUCGGCCGCAGAAAAAAAUAGAGUAGAAACGAUUCUAGUUGGAUGAAUUUGGGCGCUCCUCUAGUGGCCUGUACGUUUCCUAAAAUUGUGGCUUGUUAACGGGAACGACUUUACGAAGUACUGGUGGUUUAAUUGAAGGAGAUCUGUGCCAAUUAGAAAAUUGUGAAAAGGUACUUUCCCUAUUCUAAAGGUUCGUAGCGCGGCGUUGAGUGAAGCACAUACGCGUAAAUCCUUUGUAUUUAUUUAUCAGGGUAGUGAAGCUAUUCCCUAGAGCUGUUACUGUUACUGGAGCCAUUCUGAACCGAUUUUUAAGGGCGGCUUGGUCUUUUGAUGGCAAGAAAGAGUAUUUUAAGGGCUUGACAUUUUGGGCGGAAAUUUUAAUGGCAUGGUGUUUGCUCU